CCGGCGUCGACGAAGUGCGCGCCCGUCGUGGUGCCCCCGUGUUCCUCUUCGUUCAGCCAUGUGGCCAAGACCGUUCUGACUCAGGGUGAUAGUUGUGCGGAUACAGUGUGCUGGAAUCAUCAACCGCACCCGGAAUCCGGGCCCGUCUUCGAUGGCACGUUCCCUGGCUUUUGCUCUGGUCCUCGUCUCCCACGACUGGCUUGGAGGCGUGGCCGAUUGUCCUCUAGGCUACUUCCCCUGCAAUGCGAGCGAACGCUGCCUUCGGAGGGAGCUCAUCUGCGACGGACGACGGGACUGUGAUGAUGGCUCAGACGAACUCAGCUGCGGCGACGAACACAUGAAGAGAUUCUUCGCCAACUACUACAAGAAAAGACCGGACGAAGAUCGAGAAAAAAGGUCCAGUCAAUGUGACUGGGUACAUCCAGGCUGCCGCUGCAUGGACCGAAGUUUCUACUGUGAAAAUACUGGCCUUCAAAAGAUACCAUCAAACAUUCCGGCUAACGCCACGGCUCUGGACCUCUCUGGAAACACAUUUUUGGAACUGGAAACGAUGACAUUCCCUCUAAUGCCAGACAUGAAAGUCUUAUUGUUGUCGUACUCUCAAGUCACAUACAUCGGAGAAGAUGCAUUCAAGAACAUACCGAAACUGAGGGAACUGUUCCUUGUCGCAAACAGUAUUCGCAACCUCUCUGCGGGCACGUUCAGGAGCAGCAGAGACCUUGAAAGAAUGAUUCUGUCUCACAACCCUAUCUCCGACAUUUCACCGGACGCUUUUGAAGGCCUGCAGCACCUGACAACCCUUGAUCUUCGCAACUGUGCAAUCAAGCGUUUGCAUCCGGAUCUCUUCAAACAUUUCGAAGAACUGACGGAGUUAAUGCUGGACAACAAUCAAAUUGAAGCUAUUGAACCGAAUCAAUUUCAUCAGUUGGAAAAGCUACAUAUGCUGUCACUGACUGGCAACAGGCUGACACGGAUCACUACGAACGGGCUCUCAGGAUUGACAUCACUUCACAUUCUAAACCUUGCAUUCAACAGGAUCUCGGUCCUGGUGACUCCAUUCACGGAACUGAAAAGUCUGCGCAUUCUAAACUUGGAAGGCAACAACCUUGACGUGAUACCAAACGAGACAUUCUGGCCACUUGGGAACAUGCAAUCUCUAAAUCUUCGAAAAAACGCCUUCCAAACGUGCUCAGCCGCCUUAUUCGAGCCACUCCCAAACAUAACACACCUCUACUUCAGCGAAUUCAGCAUGUGCUCUUCGGCGCUCCACGUCCGCGUGUGUGAGCCUCGUGGCGAUGGCAUCAGUUCUCUGGCGCACCUCCUCGACAACGUGGUCCUGAGGGUGUCCGUCUGGGUGGUGGCUCUGGUAGCCUGCCUCGGGAACGUGCUGGUCCUUGUGGGGCGGAUGGUGCUUCGAGAACAGAACGAUGUUCACUCCUUUUACAUCAAGAAUUUGGCGCUCGCCGACCUCCUGAUGGGAGUCUACCUCAUUGUGAUCGCUUCGCACGAUGUCCGCUUCAGGGGAGAGUACAUCCGACACGACUACCAAUGGCGCCACUCCUGGGGCUGCAGUGCAUCGGGCGUUCUCUCUACAGUGAGCAGUGAAGCGUCCGUCUUCACCCUGACAGUCAUUACAGUGGACAGAUUCGUAUCCAUCAUGUAUCCGCUCUCGCUCAAGCGUAGGACGCUCAAGUUCGCCUGGUGGUGCAUGACCCUAAUCUGGACUGUUACUUUGCUGAUGGCCGCCGUGCCAAUUUUCUGGCCUGACUACUAUGGCAAGGAUUUUUACGGCAGCAACGGUGUCUGCCUCCCGCUGCAUAUUCACGACCCGGGUUCCAGAGGCUGGGAAUACUCGGCGUUCCUGUUCUGCACAGUAAAUAGCAUCGCAUUUAGCUUCAUCACCUACGCCUACCUGACCAUGUUCUUCACAAUCACCCACUCGAAGAUUGGGCUGCGGUCGACGCAGCAGCUGCAAGACCGCGCAAUUGCAAAGAGGUUUUUCUUCAUUGUCGGCACCGACUUUCUCUGCUGGAUGCCCAUUGUAGUCAUCAAGAUUGUGGCAAUUGCAGGAACGAAAAUAGACGAAACGCUGUACGCUUGGGUGGCGGUAUUUCUGCUGCCGGUCAACUCGGCGCUGAACCCGGUGCUGUACACGCUCACGACGCGGCUCUUCAAGCAGCAGCUCAACAGGCUCCUCUCCAACCUGCGCUCGCUCAAGCGGGCGCCGUCGGAUCGGCACUCUGCGCAGUCGUGGUCUUCCCUUCCGUACCACAGGAACUCCAAGAAGACCCUGCUCACGACCUUCUCUGACCCCACCUUUUGUCAGACACGCCUCAAUCCAGCACAGAAUGGUACUCCCCUACGCACCAUGAGCCCUACAAGAACUGUCGCUGUCCACGUCAACGGCAAGCGGAGUCUGGGGCCGAGGAGUUCCCGUCGCCAAGAAUUUGUCUGAAACCUUUAAAGUGAAGGAAUCCCAAAGAGUGCUCAUUUUAUUUUAUAUUCAUCGUUCACCGAGUUUGGACAGUCUCUGAAAAAGAACUGCGCUGACGCCGACCAAUCGGACGGGCGUUGUGAUCUGGCACCGAUCUCCGUCUUGUGGUGCUCAAGGGUAUGAUGCCAAGGUUGGACGCUCACGUCUGCGCCUCCGUGGUGCGUAUAAUGCUACUUCCAGCUUCUUGUAGCUCAACAAGGUUAUCCGUUUCUGCUCCUCUA